AUGUAUGAGACAUUGCACACUAUGCAUGCUAGAAUGUGGGGGAAGGUUGUGGAUAUGGCUAUCAAACUGGAUAUGAGCCAAGCUUAUGAUAGCAUGGAGUGGGGCUUUAUGGAUGGUGUGAUGAGGAAAAUGGGUUUUAACAACAGAUGGGUUAAUCUGAUCAUAGCUUGUGUUCGUACGGCUACUUAUUAUGUGUUUAUCAUUGGCAAACCUUCGGGGUGCAUAGCCCCUUCUAGAGGGAUACGACAAGGAGAUCAUCUCUCUCCUAAUUUAUUCAUAGUCAGAGCGAAGGCAUUAAGUUCUCUCUUCUGUCCCACUAAAGCUACAAGGGUCCCAACAUCUAAGAUUAGACCUAGAAUUAAUCAUCUCUUUUUAGAUGACGAUAGUUUGUUCUUUUGCAAGGUCAACUUGCUACAUUGGCGCAAGUUAAAUCAGUUGCUGGACCUUUAUGAGUGGGCAUCAGGGCAAAAGCUGAACAAAGCUAAAACUUUGAUUUUCUUUAGUAGAAACACAAGCCAGGAGGCUCGGCAACAACUUCUGACCCUAUCUGGUAUCCUAGCUACACAGAGCUAUGACAAGUAUCUUGGCCUUUUGACAAUAGUGUGUCUAGAUCUAAGGUUUUUAAAAGCAUCAAAGAUAGGGUGUAGAAGCGGGUGA